CGCAAGAACAAGGAUAACAACAGAUCAUAGCUGUUAAUCUUGUACAUUGACGCCUACUUGUAGAACGUUGAACAGUGUCAUCGCCGCUGCCAUAGGGAAGAAUGACAGGAAAAAGAGUGGUUUAUCCAAGAUGCUGUUUCAACCAACGAAGAGGUAGACGCCAUAUUGUUAUGGUGCUCUUUUCGGUUGUUCCUCUGUUGCUGGUGUAUUUUACAUUUUACAAGUAUCAUGUUGGCGUUCUGAAGAGUGAUUUCCUUAUACAGAUGAAAGAAAACAAAAAUCAAGUGAACCCAAACUUUCGGAGCGAAGAGAUUGUGCGAAACAGAGGCGUUUCAUCAAAAUCUACAAAGGGAUCGGAAGACAAUGGGCAAGAUUUAGAGAUACAUUAUAAGACAAGUACAAAGAACUUGAUUCCACUGAAUAAACUCUUAGCAUAUAAAAUCGACCAUAAAACAGACAAAUGGCAGAACAUUAGUUUGAACUCAGGCGUUACAGGAGUAUCUAAUGAGUACAACAAAGCAUUUAAUGUCACAUUGAAUGAGAACAGAAACAUCGCCAAUAAGAAUGGCUCAAAAUUUCCUAAAUCGAGAAGAAACAAUCGAAAUCAGCCAGCGCCUAUAAAACUGUUCCCAAGAAAUAUUAAACAUGUUGACCUUAUGAAAAUGGAGCCGUUUACAUUUCUCGAAGAAUAUAGAAACCCAUGUUACGCUGUUGAGAAUGACCGGCUCUUGCCUUUACGGUGUAUACCAUACUUUUAUCUUAUUGGUGCCCCAAAGUCCGGCACUACGGACUUAUUUAGCAGGCUGAUCAAACACAAGGAAAUCUCAGAGAAUGUUAUAAAAGAACCACAAUGGCUAGCGAAAAGGAGAUUCUCUUCAAAUCCUAAUUGGGCUUCUUAUGAGAAAUACUUCAUAGCUGCAACAAGCGAUAUUUACGCCAAGAAAGACCCCGACGGUUUUCAUCCAGUUAUUGUUGGCGACGGCAGUCCCUCAACUAUGUGGGUCAACGAUUAUUGGACCUUUCUGCCAGAAUACAAGAACCUUACUGAACCUUUAUAUACAAAUGCCGAUUAUAUUCACCAUUUUAAUCCAGAUGCAAAAAUUAUUGCGAUUGUGAGGAAUCCUAUUGACAGAUUGUAUUCCGAUUAUUUAUAUUUCACAUCAGGCAAGGACAAAGGACCAGAUAGAUUUCAUGAAGGAGUGAAGUUUGUCUUAAACACGACCAGAUCUUGUCUUGAACGGAAUACUUUACGGCAUUGCCUAUACAAGCCUGAUGUUACCGUUACUAAAUCUGAGGUCCGGUUGCGUAUCGGUGUCUACCAUCUGCAUUUAAAAGAGUAUUUCCGUGUUUUUCCAAAACAACAGAUCCUUGUUAUAAAAAUGGAAGACUACUCCAAGCAUACAUCGGAGCAUUUAAGUAAAAUAUUCGACUUUUUAAACGUUGCUCGUCUUCCUAUUGAAGAUCUGCAGGAAAUCUCAAAUGCAGCCAAAAAGAACACUCGGAAAAAAGGUGAUAUCAAGAUUAGAGACAUGUUUCCUGAAACGAGAAAACUAUUGCGGGAAUUUCACAAAAGCCACAAUAACAAACUCGGGCGGCUGCUGGGCCAGCACUUUAAUUACAAUAAUGAUGAACAAGAUUUGCUCACUAAGAAUGUUUAA